UUGCCUAUUAAAUUAUCUGAUUUCAGAUUAUAUAUUAGUGUGAAUAGUAGGUUCAGGAAUAUAAUCAAUUAUUUAUGCUGUAAUAGAGAAUUCUCCAAAGAACGGGAAAAGGCUAAGAAGAGAGGGAAAUAUCAAAAGGCAAGAGAGCAAAUGCAGUUUGCUGAGGAUGUUCAGGGAUAUUUAGAUUGGAUUGGUGCAGCAGAAGACCUCAGUGAUGAUGAAGACAACGCCAAUCGAUUAGAUGUGAAGGAAAAACGUGAGGCUCUCUUUUAUGUCAACUACUUAAGAUUCAACUUCUGCGGUCUUUGUCGACGAAGUCAGGGACCUGAAGAUGACGAUGACGAUUCAGAUCGUGGUGAUGAUGUUGACUAUCGAACUCAAUCGAGUCAGCAGAAACAAUAUUUCUUUUGCUUUCCAAUUAGAGGUCGACGGUCUCGACGGCUAAAUCGAAGAUGCAGAAGAUCCUGUCGACGAAUGGUGAAAUCUCAAGCCUUCUACUGGACAGUUGUUGUUCUUGUCUUCCUAAACACUGGUGUUCUAACUUCAGAGCACUACGGUCAACCGAAAUGGCUUGAUCACUUUCAAAACUAUGCCAAUAUCGUAUUUGUGGUUCUCUUUACCAUCGAAAUGCUGCUCAAAAUGUACAGUUUAGGAGUGCGAUGCUACUUCGACUACAUGUUCAACCGAUUUGAUUGCUUUGUGGUCAUUUGCAGUAUUCUUGAAAUUACUUUCAUUAUGACCGGUUUAAUGCCUCCUCUUGGUGUUUCCGUGUUUCGAUGCGCGCGACUUUUACGGGUCUUCAAAGUCACUAGACCAGUGCCAAAACCGCUGAGCUACGGAGACCGAGCAAGCUGUCAAACUACACCACAAACACCCUCAAUUUAA